CAGCCCUCGAGCGCUGCUGCUCACUGCUCUCCUUAACGCGCGAUCCGUGCACACACUUAUGUUGAUACGCGAUACAAGAGCCGUCGUCGACGUUCGCCAAAGUCCGCGCUUCGCGCGCGCCGUGCCAGACGCUCUCAUCUGCUUCGGAACGAACGAAAAACAGAAAAUAAACAUUUGAUCGAAUCGAAGGAAAAUCGAAGUAAAGGUAAAUAAGCAUCGCUGAAGUCGAGCUAGCUCUCGUUGGAAGGCGCCAGCCCGGCUCGCGCUCAGCCCGAUCACGAUCGCCCGCCCGGCAGUGCGGGAGCAUGGGAGUGGCCAGGCCACUAGCUGAAAGCAUCCUUCGAGACGGAAGCAGCUUGCCCAGCGACGACGCCAACCGAUCUCUGCAGAUCAUCACCGGUGACGAGUGGUCGGAAAACUUUUCUUAUCUAUUAUUGAUAGGCGCUGGCGCGGCUCUAAUGGCCAUGGUGCUCCUCGCAGCAGUUAGUUUUCAGUGCUCAGCAACUUGGCGUUGGCUGCUAGGAAUAGCAGGUCAGGAUAUUUCAGAUGAUAUAGAAAGCGAUCUUUCCCAGCAAAGCGCGAUUCGCAUUAGCCACUCAUUACCCGACCUUCAGUCGGAACCCGUAACUCAUGAAUAUGUGCAAGAACAAAAAGAUAACAAAAAGGUUCUUCGCCAAACCACCUUACCUAUCGUUCCGACGAGACAUCAGAACUUUCAACGUCAACUGUCGCACCGACUUGACUUACCAAACGUCAAAUUUAGUGUUUGCAGCUUGGAAAAUCGAAGUGACUCGCGACUGGGACUCAUCAAACCUGAACUUUACAAAAAAGAUUUAACACGCCAAGAAAGUAACGAAAGCUCGAGUACUGGUGAGAUGGAAACAGCUGGAAAACUUCAUUUUGCACUUCGAUAUGACAAAGAAAUAGAAGGUCUUGUUGUCAAGGUUUUGGAAGCACGAGAAUUGCCUAUAAAAGAUGUUUCUGGCAGCAGUGAUCCAUAUGUUAAAGUUUAUUUACUUCCUGAUCGUAAAAAAAAAUAUCAAACAAAAGUUCAUAGAAAAAAUUUAAAUCCGAUUUUCAAUGAAACUUUUAUAUUCAGUGUAUCUCAUGAUGAUUUGCGCGAAAGAUAUCUGCAGUUUUCUGUGUAUGAUUUCGAUCGAUUUUCCCGUCAUGAUUUGAUAGGACAGGUCGUAUUGCGGGAUCUUACUGAUUGUACUGACUUUAAACACGAGAUCGAAUAUACGAUGGAUAUAAUGUGUGCAACACAGGAUAAAGUCAAUUUGGGAGAAUUAAUGCUUUCGCUGUGUUAUUUACCAACUGCUGGUCGGUUAACGCUUACCGUCAUAAAAGCUAGAAAUCUCAAGAAAAUGGAUAUAACGGGAUCCUCAGAUCCGUACGUCAAAGUCUAUUUGCUGUGCCAAGGAAAAAGAAUCAAAAAGAAAAAAACGAGCGUGAAAAAAGGUUGUUUAUCACCAGUAUAUAAUGAGGCUCUUGUAUUUGACGUUCCAGCUGAAAAUGUUGAAGAUGUUAGUUUAAUAAUAAAAGUUAUUGAUUACGACAGAAUUGGAUCAAAUGAACUGAUGGGAUGCACAGCGAUAGGUGCUAGUUUUAUUGGAAUCGGGCGCGAUCACUGGCUAGAAAUGCUGGACAAUCCACGUAAACCAGUUGCCCAAUGGUAUACUCUAACAGAAACCAUUGCUGGACAUAUUCCAUCUGCUGAACAAUUACCUAUUAGUUUGAGUUGUUUGACGAGAAGAUGAAGUUGCGACUAUGAUGCUAGGAAUCCUCCUAACUGGAGUAGUUUUCGGCAUGACGAAGAUCGAAGGCGACAACGACCUCUCAGAAAACAGAAUAGGGUCUAUAAAUAAUUAUCAAAAAAAUGAUUCAAAUGGAAAUGCUCAAAAACUAGUAUUUAUACUUACGGUCGUGAAAAAUGAAAUGUUAGUUAACAAUUAUCCACUAUAUUAACUAAUAUAAAAGAGGAUGUGUGGUCAAAAUUGUGACACAGACAAUUACGUACAAAUGAUACUUGAAAAAUACAUUUAGUACGUAAAAAAAAUAUCGUUGCAUUAUCAUUUAAAGUUA